AUGAGCAAUCGAAGAAACCGAGUUCAAGGUUAUUACACAAAAUUGAAAAUGCAAAAGCUCAAACUUUUCCUAUGUUUUCUUGCAGGUAAGAAUGACUUACUCAAAUUUAACUACUGUACAUGUACCAUCUCUCUGCGCAACCUGACGAACCUUUUACGCAUAUUUUCUAGGGAUGUUCUGUAUGACAAACACCAUGUUACCACUCAACAAGACAGAAUGUUUGGAAUGGCAUAAUAUAUAUCGAGCAAUUCACCAGGUAAACUAAAAUAAUGCAAAUAUGGAUUUUUGGAGCAUAUUAUAGUGUGCGUUUUUAACGCGUAUUUAAAUUACGGAAAAAUGUAAAAGUUCCAAAACUUCUAACAGUCAACUAAUUUUAAUUGAAUUUCUGUUUUCAAGUGUAGAUCUUAAAAAAAAUCCAUGAAAAACUACUUGAAAAAACACAUUACCAAAGUAAUAUAACUUUUUAUGAUAUAUGCGUUAAUAAUGCGUGAACAACGCGUCGUGGAUAUAUAAAUGUACAAAAAUAAUCUUCUGUCAGCAAGUCAAAGAUAAAACACCAAAGCAUUUUGGUUUUAAGUAACAGUUCGCCUUGAUUUUAGAUAAAUAUAUGACAAUAUGACGUGUAAAGUAACAAAAGGCAGAACGCCCGAAAAGCGCCUUUCGGGUGCACCUUCUGCAAUGCAGGCUGAAGAGAUAUUUAGCACUAGUUUAGCGUCUCUUAGAAAAAAAUAGCUAUAUUCUUAGCCGCCCGAGACAAUUGCGCGGCUGUUUUCGCAGGCUACUAUAAUGUAGUACCCCGAGCCAAAUAGGAAUUUAUUCACCAAGACAGAAAAUUACAAGGCUAUUUCUAUCUCCGAAGGGAUCCAGUUUGAACUGGUCUGACACUCUAGCCGACCAUGCACAGGUGUGGGCCGAUGACCUGGCAAACAGAGAUGCAUUUGAGCAUGACAGCAGCAGAGGUCUUGAAGGAGAGAAUCUUUAUAAGAGCAGCCAUGACAGCGAAACUGCGUGUAAAAGUGGAACUUAUGCAUUUUAUAAAGAGGAGAAGUUCUACGAUUAUGACAACCCUGGAUUUUCACUGGCUGUUGGACAUUUUACCCAGGUACUUUGAAAAUUGUCUGCAGAAUAGUAGACUAUUUCAUUGCAACCGUAAAGUAGGAGCAAAAAGUCUGUGUAGCAGGUUGAAUACAUGCAGAACUGUUAGAAUUUAUAUAUUUUAAAUGUGAGGUAGUAUUCAAUAGCAAGUUACCUUCGUCAUGGAUGGCAAGAUGUCACUAAUGUUACUAGAAUGGGUCGGUUGUAUAAAACUCUUAAGACAUAACUACUAUUUAACUAUGAUAGUUAAACAGUAGUUAACUCUGAAAUAUACAAUUCUGAUUGGUUAAUUUUUCCACUAAUUAUAUAGUUAACUUUAACUACUUUUUUAUACAACCAGUCCCUGAGCAUUUUAUAUCUAUAUAAUGAAGGCCUAUACCAUAUAUAUAUAAGCAUACAUUGGUGAUUUUUAAAGCCUGCCGCACAAAGACACCAUAGCUGAGCUAACCACCAGCUGUCUUUGUCCCACAGAUGCACAAGGUAAAAUUUUCAGCAAAAACCAUGUGGACACAAGAGAAUAAUUUCCAUACAAUAUGGAGCUGAGCAAACAGCCUUGAGAGAGGUCAAGAGCUCUCAUAUGCAGCAAAGCUGCAUGCUACGAAUCAAGCCUAGAAAAUAUAUUUCUCUUCCUGGCAGCAAAAUCCAAAAAUUUCAGAGAACAUAUGGUGCUGUGCACUGUCAUCAACUUCAACCUUGGCACGACAAUCACAACUUGCAAAAUGCUUUUGGGAUUUUAAAACAAUAAGUAAACUAUAUGGCAUUCCAGUAUAUAAGAUGACAAAAAUAGGUGUAAGAAAAUUUCCUGCCAAGGUAUUUUAUUAAAAUUUCCUGGCAGCGGCGCUGCUACCGGACAUUUUACAGCACUGCUACGAAUGUUUCUUAUAAACCUUUUUCUUUACAUAGGUAGUGUGGUUAGACACAAAAGAACUUGGCGUGGCUAAAGCAAACACUUCCAGUGGAGCUGUUAUAUUGGUAUAUCGAUACGCACCAUCUGGAAACUAUCUGGGAGAGUUUGCUGAGAAUGUUAAACCACCUCUUGGAGAUGCUUUUACAUAUACUGCCUCAUUAUUAGUCUGUUUAGUGCUUG